AUGCCCGCUCGUACCACCCGCCCCCUCCUCCAAACCCUCGCCCGCCAACUCCAACAACAGGGCAUUCAACGACAGCGGCAACAAUUCUCCAUCAUGCACAACCUGCGCACAAUCGCCCGCUCCUUCGAACCACACCCCUUCCAGCGUCUGCCCAUGGCCAGCAGGCCGGCGCCGGCUGACUGGAGCCGCCUGGUGCGAAGAGCCGGAGGGCAGGCUGUCGUAUUCUUCCCCGCCGGCCUCCUGAUGCUGGGCUGGCCAUACGCCGCCGCCGCCAUGCUCGACGGGAAGGUCUAA